AUGGGUCUGGCGAUGGACAUUGGUAUUCUAAUAAUUCACAUUUAUUUUGCGAUAAUCCAUGCUAUUUUUGUGAUAAUCAAUUGUUUCAUCAAAAAACAUUGUGUACCUGCACCUGCGGAUGACAUCGUAAUGCUCAGCGCUACAGAUGCUAUGAAGAAAAUCAGGAGAAAAGAGCUUCGUCCAACCCAACUCGUUGAGGCCUACAUCCACCGCAUCGAACAGGUUAACUCUCUCAUAAAUGCUGCAGUCGUGACGCUCUUCGAAGAAGCGAGAGAAAAAGCGAAGAAGUACGAUGAACAACUGAACGGACUAUCCGAUGUCGCUUUGGACGACCUCUUACAACGUCGUCCGUUAUUCGGCAUUCCAUUCAGCUGUAAGGAUUCUAUUGAGAUUGAAGGACAAAUCGUCUCCUCCGGUUCGUAUUACCGACGCAAUCAUCGCUGCACAAAAACUGGUCUUGCCGUGCAAAGGCUUCUGGAUGCAGGUGGUAUUCUGAUUGCAAUCACUAAUGUGCCAGAGUUAUGCGCAUGGAUCGAAUCUACUAACACAGUCUAUGGGAGAUCGAGAAAUCCAUACGAUCUUCGGAGAAUCGUUGGUGGAAGCAGCGGU